UGCCUUCCCUCUACCCUUUCCCCACCACUCCCCUCAGUGCCCACCCUCCAGUGAGCUCUCCAGGGCAGCCAUGGCGCAGCGGCAAGCCUGGGCCUGCCCGUUUGGCCAGGGGCCCAGCGCCAUUGCUCUGUGUGCACAGCCCUGUGCAGCACAGGUUGCCUCUCCUGUGCCCCUCUGCAUGGCUAUCAACGCCCAGUCUUGCAGUCGGACUCUGAAGCAUCUGUGGGGAUCCCAACGAGCAAAUUCAACAGCAGAAUGGAUACAGGCUCUGAGACGUGUGUCAUUUCCUGUGCCUAUUGCUCCUGCCAAUCCAGCUGGUGGAAUAAGGUGUGAUCCCUGCCUCUCCUCCCAGGCUGGUGCCAUGGCUGACAUGAUAUUUGGCAGUGGGACAGGCCAGUGGGUGUGCCCCAAUGACCGGCAGCUCGCACUGCGUGCCAAGCUUCAGACAGGCUGGUCAGUGCACACGUUCCAGACGGAGAAGCAGAGGAAGAUGCAGGCUCUGAGCCCACAGGAACUUGAGGUCAUUCUGGAAGUCAUCCGCAAGGCAGAGAAAUUGGACAUCAUUGAGCAGCAGCGCAUCGGGCGCCUGGUGGAGCGGCUGGAGAACAUGAGGAAGAACGCGAUGGGGAAUGGCCUCUCGCAGUGCCUGCUUUGCGGUGAACUGCUUGGGCUGCUGGGUAGCACGGCGGUCUUUUGUCAGGAUUGCAAAAAGGUUUGGAAGAGGUCUGGUGCGUGGUUCUACAAAGGGCUGCCCAAGUACAUCACGCCUUUGAAGAGCAGCAGCAAAUCCAGUGAGCAGCACUCACAGCCUUGGCAAAGUGAGCCAGCCAUACCGGAGGCAGAGAGCAUUGGGACCAGCCGAUCCUUCACCUGGGCCAGGGGAAAAGUGGUUUCUAGUGACAGUGAGAGCGACUCAGAGUUCAGUUCCACCAGCCUGGAUGAUAAGCCCUCACCUGCAGGGUCAAAAGACUCACAAGGCGGAAAGCAACAAGCAGGACUAGCACCCCUCAGGGAGCCCAGCCGGGGCAAGGUGCUGGGGAGCACCCACUCCCCAAGCCUGUCAGGGAGCCGCAGCAGUCUGGGCAGCGAGCAGGGGGCUGACCCCAGUGCCACGGAGAGCUGCCACAGUGACCAGCCAGCCGAUGGGCGAGACAGCGAUGCCGGCAGCAGAGUCCCUGGCAAACGGUGCAUCCACACCAGAACACGACGCUGAUGGAGGUGAAGAUGGAGCUGCUUUGCCUGGAUCCAACGCUUGCCCCUUGCCCAUUCCUGUAGACCUCACUCCAGACAACAACUGCUGCUGCUGGUGACUUCAUGAUGCUCUUGCACAGGCAUUAGCAACACGAUGGCACCUAGGGAAGCACUUGCCUGUCCUCUCUGCCUCACUGACUUGGUUUAUGGUUUGGUCUGAUUUCCCCUUCUGCUGACUGACUUGCACUUCGGGGUGCUGCUCAGAAAAGGGUACUGUGCUGUGCAGUGCUGCCAUGGGGUCCAGACCCAUGUUUCUUGGAAGGGAUGCACAAAGUGUGUUCACAGGAGCUGAAGAAAUAUGUGCUGCCUCUGCUGUUCCUGGCUUGUCAAGCCCAUCUCUGGGUUCGUUUCCUGGUUUGCAGUCUGGCUUUGCAAUCUUCAGAAGAAAGGGAAAUUCACCCCUAUAUCCCUGAAAAGAGGUGUGAGGAAACUGCAGCCCUUCUACUGCUUCUCAGCCCAGGGGUGAAUUUCCCUCUGUGAGCCAAAAGGGUGAGACUAGGGCUUUGAUUUGCACUUGACUCCAUGGGACCAGGGUGUUAACCCUUGUGUUUCUUGUCACUGUUGUUCUGGUUUGAUAGGAUUUUGGUGGGGGCAUCCUGAAUCAGCUGGCAAAGUCAUGCUCCUGUUCGCUUCCACUGACAUCUCUGUGAUAGGGCUGUCUGCUCAGGGAGGCACUUCAGGUUGUAAAGAAACACUCGAAGUUUACUGUGAAGUUUUUGGUCCUCCUGGCUGUAUGCUGGCUUGUGUGUCCUGUGGUGGUGCUUUGCCAGUGGGAUCAUGGGCAUUGCGUGUGUGCUGCGUCUCCUGGUGUGAGAAUGCCCACUGCCCCAUGGCCCACUGGCUGCCUUUGUGUGUCCAAAUAGGAUAAAAGCUUUCAAAUUACUUUAUCUUGUUAAGCAGUACAGAUUCUCCUUCCACAUGCGUACCUUUUCACCUCUUGCAUUAACAGAAGCCUUUGUUUUACCUUUUUCCUGCAAGUCUUGAGCAUCUGGCUGACUGUGAUGGUAUCAUCAUGAGUCAGGCUGUAGAAAGCUGUGUGCCCUGGUCCUGCUUAUUCUCCAGGAUGGACAAUAUCCCUCUAAGGCCUGACAGAUGAGAAAAAUUAAAUUACCUGACAUCUCUUGAGCAAUUAGAUCUUCGAAGGCCUGAACAAAACCCACAUUAAGCAAGUAGGAGUCUGUGGAUUUUAUUAAAUGCUUUCGAUCUGACCUGUCUUUAGCAGAAUAAACAAAGGAUUUCAAAAAAUUCCUUCUGAAAUCAUGGAUUUAAAGGCAAUUUGUGCCUGUUAAUGUCAGCCUUUUCCUUUGGUUAUUACUCCUUUGUUUUGUUCUCCUUUGCAGCUGGGUGCUUUGUGGUACAUGCUCUUACAAAUGCCUGCAGUAUGAAGAUAAAUGAGAUUGGGUGUUGGAACACUCUAACAGGAGAUUGGAAAUCAAUCCUUGACUUCCCUUCUAAAUGACCAUGGUUCAACAGAGGAACAUUCCCUUACUGCUUUUCCCGUUACCAUGCUAUGGCAGGUUGCUGGGAAAUUCCUUCCAGCUCUUCUGUGAUCUGUUUCUACCCUUUGAAAAAUGAAAACAAAACUGGAUGAUGUGGGCUCUUU